GGUCGGCCUUGAAACAAUACGUCAUAUUUACGCGACUGUUGCCAUCCUAGUUUAUAGAAGACUUGCGGCUUUAUGAACAAACAAAAAAGCCAAUAAAAUAUGUCUAACGCCAUGAAUUUCGGCACGAAGAGUUUUAAACCUCGGGCUCCUGAUAAAGGCUCGUUCCCUCUGGACCAUUUUGGAGAGUGUAAAGCCUUCAAGGAGAGGUUCAUGAAGUGCCUGAGAGACAACAGCUUCGACAACUCCAAGUGCCGACUGCAGUCCAAAGACUACCUGGAAUGUCGCAUGGACAACCAGCUGAUGGCCAAGGAGCCUCUGGCCAAACUGGGUUUCAAAGACCUGAUGGAUCCUCCUCCCAGCCAAGCAGACAGAGACCCUAAACCGUGACCCGCUACUCCAUCUCAGCCGCCGGGCC